CGUAAAUUAAAUUAAAUAAAUAAAUUAAAAGAGAGCGAACGUGACGUUACAAGCGCAGCAUCCGUGCUAAUAAUAUCACCUACCGGCUUUAGUCAUGGAGUCCAUCAUCUCCAAGCUGCACUUAAAAUUUGCAGAGAAAACGUGGAAUGAAACCUUUCAGCUCGUCCGAAGAUGCAUGGACAAACCCAAAGAUAAAUCCAAACCCUGUAUGCCGCUGGUUCGAUCACUGGAAAGGCUCCAGGAAGUGGUUCAUGUGUCCUCUAUGAGCACCAUGAGGUCCCGUCUGGAAGUGAUUGCCAAACAACAAGGAAUGGGCUUUCACGUCACCGAGGCCACGUGCUACCUGACAGGCGAUCUGUUCUACCUGGAGGUGGUGCUGCUGCCGUGCGGCGGGGCGGAGGAGGUGAAGGUGGCUCCUCACGGAGGUGCCCCCGCGCCCAGCGAGUCCUUCCUCCGGCUGCUGAGGGCCAAAUUGUUUGUCGAGUUCUCCGUGAAGUUGGCCGACCUCUUCGCCCAGUACCACAUCCCCGGGGACAUUGAAAUGCAACUGAAAUUGUUUGCAUCUCUGCAAUUUCUCGGGAAAGACUUGCAGCAAAUAUCACAACUGCCGAGCGUGCCAACGGACUCGGACCCCCGAGUGGACUUGAUUAACAAUGGCAGAAUGGGGUAUCUGAUCCCUGGAAAAGAAGAUUGCCCCCUGACGAUCCAGUUCUAUACCACUCCCACUGAUGAGAUGAAGACCUCAGACAUACACAUGGCCGCUACAGAGGCGCUCGUCCAGGCCGCCCAGGUGGCCGUCAGCGUCAGCGAAGUGACUCGCGAGCUUCAGAUGGCCUCUGUGCUCCAACAGCCUCCACAGCUGGAUCCCCACGGUCGCCCCGUGUUCCUGCCGCCGAGCGAGGCGCCGCACGAGACGCUUCCCGCCUGCUUCCUCCUCAAACUGCAGCCGGCGAUGCCGAUGACGUCGUCUUUUCUGAGCAAGCUGAGUCCAAUUACAGAUGUGGCCAUACCAGAUGUUGACCUGCAGUGGGCACCCUUACCCAAGCUUCUGAUGGGACGUUCACCGAGUUCAAACGGCACUGGAGAGCCACGAGAUGAGCAGGAUAACAUUUUUACAGUGCCUCUUCCCGGUGGUGUGAUGCACCGUUAUGUCCUCGCCGGAGCUGCAUGGGAGGGGCCCGCCCAGAGAGCCACGGUGGUGGACAGCAUCCCCUUCACCCACCCGGCCCACGUGCCGGCCCUACUGGCGCUGCUCCGGCACCAGUGUGCCAUCAACGCACUGCUGAGCAGCUGCAUCGCCUCUCCGUGCGACGGAGCAGGUUUGGUUUGCGACCUGCACUUGGAAGUCCUUCCGGAGUCCGAGACCAGCUUCUCCGUGACCUUCCCCCGACCCGGCACGGACUCGCUCGCUGUUUUGCUGGUGAACGUCCGCGAUUCUAACCGGAUCACCUGCACUUUGUUCGGAUCAGACACCGGGGGUGCCUCCACGGAGGAAUACCUUUCCACUGUCAUGCAGAGGUCCAUGUCCGUCCCCGUGGCCUUGAAGGAGCUCCACGGCAAGCUGGAGGAGAUGCCCGUCUCGGCUCCGCCUUCACCCGGCCGCCCGGCCGCCGCGGAGGCCGAGAGCGACCACACGGCUCCCUCGUCUCCCUCGGUCACCACCGUGACCGACGGCGACGGCGCGACGCCGACGACGGCGUUCUCCCAGAGUGCCGCUGCGCCAGAGGACGGCGUAGCUGUAACCGCGCCCGCAUCCAAAUCGGAGCUCCCUCCCGAAAUACACCCCAGUCCCGCUGUCGACCCCGACCCGCCGGCCCCCGUGGAUGUUUUCACACCGGAGGACCAAUAGCGGCCAACCGCCGGCGCCAAAAAACUGUACGUGUUGACACGCCGCGGCGAGAUUUAAGCCUCUUUUUCUUUUUCUUAAUAAAUGUUUCGGUUCUUUCACGCAUG